AACAACAUCAAAUUUCGCAAGUCCAGCAGCCUUUUGCCAAUUUGCCUCUCACUCUUUUUAGCGGGAAUUCAAAUUUUUUUAAUCCAGACGUUACAAACUCGUAACCGUAGAUACUUACAAAAACCCCUGUAUCUAUACACCUAUAUAUUCACCACUCACAAUCUUCAAUCUCACGACCAAAUUAAAAAAAAAAAUGGAAGACACAGUUAGUCAAAUUGUAUCAGACCUAGAAACCCAUUUGCUCAAUUCGCCCGAUUCUUCAACACCCAUUUCGGAAUCAACUCUCUUAGAGCUUCAGACCCUUCUGGAUUAUACUCUCAGAAGCAAAGAUCCGGUUGAUAUUGAGCAGUUUUUCGAUGAAUUGUCGGAAAAGAAGGUGGCUUUGUCGUGUUUGAUGGAUCCGAUUGUGGCUGCUAUGGAGUCCGGCCCGACCCAUUUGGCGAUUCUUGCUGCAAAGGUUUAUCUUUCUCUACUUUUGUCUCCUAAUGCUCCUGUGUUGACCCUUUUUACACCUUUGGGGUUUUAUGCUGUUAUGCGUUCAAUUAGAAAGUUUUUUAGGAGUUCGGGUCCGAGUACGGGUAAGAGUUCAGGUCAGGAUCCGGGUCAGAGUUCGGGUCGGGGUUUGACCCGGAAUAAAAGGGGGACUAGGGGUGGGGGGCGUGGGAAGGGUUCAAAAUUGAGGGUGGAGAUUUUGGAGGAAGAGGAAGGUGGGGGUGAUGGUGCCGAAGGUAGCGAAGGCCGGAAACUUGACGUGAGAAUGUUGUUUUGUGUGCUGGAUAGGUUGGAAAUGGUGCUUGGUUUGAUUCAUUUGGACAGGUUUCCGGAAUGUUUGAAGGCUUUGGUUCAGACUGUUGCAGAAGUUCCGGUGAUGGGGCUUGAGAAUUAUGGGAAUUCAAGUAGUUAUGAUAGGUUGUGUGGUUUGUGUACACAUAUUUUGUGUGAAUUGUUAAAGGCUGAUCAUGGGGAUCAGAAGAAUAGUGCAACCGAGGUUUUGAAAGCUUUGGUACCAGCAGUUCUUUUGCUCAAAUCACAAGUGCAUGGUUUCGGAAUGCAUUUUGUGAUUGAUAAAAUGAUGGGAAUGGCUAAGGAUUCGGAUGAGAUUAAGAAGGCAGUAGUAUAUUUUCCUAGGUAUUUGGUGUAUCAAGCUCCGGAGAAGUCUGAACCUAGGGCAGCUGCUGUGGAUUCUAUAGUUCAGAUUGUGGGAGCUAUGGAAUAUAUUGAUCAAGUUGAAUUUGCUGAUCACGUUAUUAAGAUGGCUGAUGGGAAGCAUCAUUUGAGGCUUUUAGCCGUGGAUCUAAUUUCUGUGAUGAUGACAUUGCUGAGAGAUCCGUUCGGGAUUGAUGCGGAGAAUAUGGUUGAAAAUUCUUGGGGAAUGAGGUGUUUGGAAGUUCUGAUUAGACGAUGUAUGGAUACAACUGUAGGAAUUCGAGCACGGGCGUUGACAAAUUUGGCCCGCUUGGUGGAAUUGUUUUCAAAAAAUGAGAGCAGUCGUGCCAUUUUAAAGAAAAUUUUGGCAUUUGACAAUAAAGAGCAUUUUAGGCAAGUAGGUCCAGUAAAUGAGCUUUUAAAGCAACGAUGUAGUGAUCAAAAAGCGGCAGUGAGGAAGGCAGCACUGCUCUUAACAUCCAAGCUGACAGGUCUCGUAGAUGGUGCUUUUGAUGGAGGAGUGCUAAAGACAAUGGGCAGGGCUUGUUCCGAUCCACUCGUUAGCAUCAGAAAAGCAGCUAUGUCAGCUCUAUCAGAGGUCUUCAGAACAUUAUGGGAAGACAAUGUUACAAAGGAGUGGUUGCAGUCAAUUCCUUGUUUGAUAUCAGAUAAUGAAUCCAGCAUUCAGGAAGAAUGUGAGAAUUUGUUUCUCGAAUUGGUAUUAGAUCGAGUUUCCAGAGCCGGAGCUACUAGUUCACCUCGUAGGUGCAAUUUUUAUGACUCAGAUGGCAGGAACAAAAUAAUAGAAAGGGAAGAGGAGUUAUUUCCCGAAGGAGUUUUGUGUUUACUAAGAGAGAUUUAUAAUGGGGAGGUAACACCUUGGGUGAAGAAGUUAUGUGAAAAUCUUGGGAAGAAAAAGCGUUUAAAACCCAAGGUUGCUAUAGCCCUUCAAAAUAUUAUAAAUACAUCUGAGUCUUUAUGGUUGAGUCGUUCCAUGCCAAUAGAAAAGUGGACAGCACCUGCCGGCACUUGGUUUCUCCUGUCUGAGGUGUCUGCAUUUCUUUCAAAAUCAGUGGACUGGGCAUUCUUACACCAUCACUGGAAGCUGCUAGAUAGGCAUGAAGAGGGAGGUCAAUUCAAAUGUUCCCUUGAACAAGAAGAACUAGAUGGAACAUUUGGCUUGGAAUCUAAUACUGUUGCCUGGGCUGGAGAUCGUGUGUUCCUAUUAAAAACGAUAUCUAAUGUUUCUGUUGAGCUUCCUCCUGAAAAUGCCUCAGAACUAGCUCUUAAUUUGCUCAAAAGAGUGAGGGAAUUCAACAUGCACUUAACAGAGGUCAAUGCCCAUUUACAUGCACUCAGAAAUUUGUGUAAACAAAAGGCAGGAAGUCCUGAGGAGGCUGAUUCCCUCGUUAGGAAAUGGGUGGUCGAGCUGCUCUCUAAUGCUUCCGAAAUUCUAGAAACAUACAUGUCAAAUGACUUGGCAGCAAACAACGAUACUACGCUUUUGACACCACCAACACAGAGUUCAGAGAGCCGGAGAGCUGGAACAACCCUGUCCAAACUAUCAUCGCAAGCAAUUUCUGCUGUUUAUACUAUUGGUUCAAUUGUUGUCAUCUUUCCUUCAGUCGAACUAAAAACUGUUAUUCCGGCGUUGCACAAAAUUAUCACUUCCAGACGCUCUGGCCCAAGGCUGUCAGGCUCGACAAAGGAUCCAGCACCUAGAUUGUACUUUCAAGCUUGGCUAGCAAUGGGCAAGAUCUGCCUUGCUGAUGAGAAACUUGCAAAGCGUUACAUUCCUUUAUUCGUGGAGGAACUUGAAAAGAGUGAUUCUGCAGCAAUUCGAAAUUGUAUCGUUGCUGUGUUGACGGAUUUUUGUGUACGGUAUACAGCUCUGGUUGACAGUUAUAUAUCAAACAUUACAAAAUGUCUUCGUGAUCCUUGUGAAGUUGUCCGAAGGCAGACUUUUAUACUACUCACCAGAUUAUUACAGAGGGAUUACGUGAAAUGUAGAGGAGUUAUUUUUCUUCGGUUUCUACUAACUCUUGUGGAUGAAUCUGAGAAAAUUAGGCAGCGAGCAGAUUUUCUCUUUGGGAAUAUCUUAAAAGCCAAGACUCCACUUUUACCUUAUAACAGCUUUGUGGAAGCCAUAUAUGUUCUGAAUGAUUGCAAUGUUCACUCUGGACAUAGCAUUUCUCAAAGGGAUCCAAGCAGACUGAACUCUAUUAGUGGAGACGAUGAGAAGUCAAGAUCUCAGAGAAUGCACAUAUAUACUUCAUUGCUGAAACAGAUGGCUCCAGAACAUCUCUUAGCUACAUUUGCGAAAGUAUGUGCAGAGAUUCUUGCAGCAGCUUCAGAUGGUACGCUCAAAGUGGAGAAUGCUGCUGAAUUGUCAGUUUUGCAGGAUGCUUUCACAAUUCUAUCAUGCAAAGAGAUUAAAUUACCAUCCAACCGUGGAACAUCAUCUGACUCUGCUGAAGUGGAUGAAGACGGCGGUGACAGUGGAGGAGCAACUGCAUCUGCUGGCAAAGGAAAACUUGUAACUCAAGCUGUCAAAAAGAAUCUAAUUCAGAAUUGCAUACCCAUCUUUGUUGAGUUGAAGCGAAUCCUACAGAGAAAGAAUAGUCCACUUAUCGGUCCUCUCAUGGAAUGCCUUCGAACCCUUCUAAAGGACUACAAGAGUGAGAUAGAUGAUCUUUUUGUUUCUGAUCAGCAGCUCCAGAGAGAGGUCAUGUAUGAUAUGCAGAAGUAUGAGGCAGGGAGAGCUAAAUCAAAUGCUACUGCUGAUGUUGCUACCAUGCAAAAGUCAGAAGCAUUCCGUUCACCAGGUGAUCCCAAGACGGUGAAUGGAAGCGCUAUCAGGAAAAAAUUAAAUGAGACUCAAGCAACAAUCACAAAAGCUGCUUCAGAGGUGGGGCAUGCAGUGGCUGAAGUCACAUCUCGAUCUGUACUCAAGGAAGUAAGUAAAGCUUCAUUGACACCACCAAUUGGUUCAUUGAGUGCGCCAAAGGUCAAGGCUUCUGUGAAAAAAUCAGCUAUAAUUGCAUCUGUGAGAAAGAAGCAUACUUUUGAUUCUGAUGAGGACAUAGAGGACAUAUGAGUUUAACAUCUGCAUUCCUGAAAGCUCCGAACAAACUCCUAAUGCUCCCUGGGCAAAUGCUGGUGUAGUUUUGAAGUUUGUUGUAGUUUGUUUGUAGUCUUUUCUUAUAGCAUUCAUAAUUGCAAUACAGCAGUUAGGAUUGAUUCAGGCUCACAUAGUAUCUUAUUCAAAGUAGCUGUAUAAAUUUGUCGGAGAGAUCAAUACAAUCUGUCUGUACAACUAAGUUAAAGAAUUUCGUAGUCAUACAGUUAGAAAUCAUUAUAUAUGCUUUUGCAUAUGAUUUUUGGUGA